AUGGCCGUGGAAAGGAACAUCAACAUGACGACCAAUUUCAUCCUUUUGGGAUUUUCAGAACGUCCAGAGCUGCAGGCUUUCCUCUUCGUGUUGUUUCUGGGGAUCUAUUCCCUGACUCUGGCUUGGAACCUGGGCCUUGUUGUCUUGAUCAGGAUGGAAUCAUGCCUGCACUCCCCCAUGUACUUCUUCCUUGGAAACUUGUCCUUUGUUGACAUCUCAUACACGUCCUCCAUCACCCCCAAGAUGCUCUGCGACUUCUUCAAGCAGCAGAAGAACAUCUCCUUUGUGGGAUGUGCUGCUCAGUUUUUCUUCUUCAUUGGCAUGGGGGGCACCGAAUGCUGUCUCCUGGCAGCUAUGGCAUAUGACCGGUAUGCUGCUAUUGCCACCCCUCUGUUCUACACAGCCCUCAUGUCACCCCCCAUGUGUGUGAGGAUGACCAUUACAGCAUACACUGGAGGGUUCCUCACGGGACUGGUCCAGACCAGUUCCAUAUUUCAGCUGCAGUUCUGUGGACCACGAGUCAUUAACCACUUUUUCUGUGACCUGCCACCUCUGCUAGUCUUGUCUUGCUCUAGUACCUUCCUCAGCCAGGUAGUGAACUUUCUUGUUGUGUGUGCAGUUGGUGGGACAUCAGCUCUUGUUGUUCUGGUGUCCUAUUGCUACAUCAUUACUGCUGUCAUGAAGAUCCAUUCAACCCAAGGGCGGAUGAAGGCUUUCAACACCUGUGCCUCUCAUCUGACCACAGUGAUUCUCUUCUACGGCUCUGGUCUCUUCUCAUAUCUCCAUUCUAGUACUGGCUACUCACAGGACCAAAAUAAGGUGGUGUCCAUGCUCUAUGGAGCUGUGAUUCCCAUGCUGAAUCCCAUCAUAUACAGUUUGCGAAACAAGGAGAUCAAAGAUGCAUUGAAAAGACUCAAGGACCAGAAAAAGCAUAUAUCCUCUCUGUGUCUUAUAGUUCCUUGA